UUCGGAACAGCCUCGCCCGCCUUUUCGGUUCUAUUCAGGACGAAUUGAUCCUGACAAAAAGUUGGUUGACUGAGCGGAUGUCUUCGCAUCAGUACAGCAUGCAUUCUGCUGCGACCCCGAAAAGUGAAGGGAACUGCGGAACUGGAAGAGCAAAUACGGCUUUACGGACCGGGUUUGGCGCCCGACGGUGGAGCCCGUGUGCCGGUUUCCUUCGCCCUGGGCUAGGAACCCGGGUUUUUGGCAGCGUUCUUUCCCGUCUCUGGCUCUGUGAAACCCGGAGAAGCGCCAGUCCCGGCGAGUUGCUUUGGCUGAAAAGCAGAGUGGGGGGACACUGAAAACCUGUGACACACUGAACGAGUGCGUCCUCGUCGCAGGUGAGUCUUUUCCGGACUCCUGCUCGGUCACUUUUAUCUUUCCCGCCUCCGAGAGACAGGCCGUUAACCGCCCUCGGAGACUCGGCUGGAACCCUCGCCUCGCCGGCCCACCAGAGCCCCCAAACGGCACUGGCUCAGGUACCCGCUAACGUGCGCGGAACCCUGCCUGCUGACCAAUGGCAGUGCGCUUUACUGGGCGGGUAGCCAGCUGCAGCCGCGGCCAAUAGGCGAGAGACUUCUUGUUUCCUGGCAGAGCGGGGUCCCGGCACCGCGGCGCUCGGGUUUUGUUUGGGUCCUGGGUGGAGGGCCCGGGUGCCGGGGCCCGAGGUGCCGCCUCGCUAGCGGGAGAGGGAGCGGGAGCACCGGCCCGGAGAGAGGGUAGCUUUUGCAUGGGCUCCAGUGUCUACAGGGCAAGAAAUGGAAACAGACCCGUUCUUUAACUGGAGCUGAGCUGAGGGCUCCAGCUCUCAGGGCCAGAGUGGGGCAAGAGGAUGCUUUCCCAGCCCUGCCAUGGAGCUGCGCUGUGGGGGAUUGCUGUUCAGUUCUCGCUUUGAUUCAGGGAACCUAGCCCAUGUGGAAAAGGUGGAAUCUGUGUCUAGUGAUGGGGAAGGAGUAGGAGGUGGGGCUUCAGCCCCAACUGUUGGCAUUGCUUCUUCCCCUGACUACGAGUUCAACGUGUGGACCCGACCAGACUGUGCUGAAACCGAGUUUGAGAACGGGAACAGGUCAUGGUUUUACUUCAGUGUCCGGGGAGGAACUCCAGGGAAACUCAUCAAGAUCAACAUUAUGAACAUGAACAAGCAAAGCAAACUUUAUUCCCAGGGUAUGGCCCCCUUUGUGCGCACACUGCCCUACCGGCCACGCUGGGAACGCAUUCGAGACCGGCCCACCUUUGAGAUGACAGAGACGCAGUUUGUGUUAUCCUUUGUUCACCGUUUCGUGGAGGGCCGUGGGGCCACCACCUUCUUCGCCUUCUGCUACCCCUUCUCCUACAGUGACUGCCAGGAUUUGCUAAACCAACUAGACCAGCGCUUUCUGGAGAACCACCCUACCCAUAGCAGCCCCCUGGACACCAUCUAUUACCACCGGGAGCUUCUUUGCUAUUCUCUGGAUGGACUUCGCGUAGAUCUGUUAACAAUCACUUCCUGUCAUGGGCUUCGAGAAGAUCGAGAGCCUCGCCUAGAGCAGCUAUUUCCUGAUACCAGCACCCCCCGACCAUUCCGUUUUACAGGCAAGAGGAUAUUCUUCCUAAGCAGCAGAGUACACCCUGGGGAGACUCCAUCCAGCUUUGUCUUCAAUGGCUUCCUGGACUUCAUCCUUCGACCUGAUGACCCCCGGGCCCAAACCCUACGCCGCCUCUUUGUAUUUAAGCUGAUUCCCAUGUUGAAUCCUGAUGGUGUGGUCCGGGGCCACUACCGCACUGAUUCACGUGGAGUGAAUCUGAACCGUCAGUACCUGAAGCCCGAUGCUGUCCUGCACCCAGCCAUCUUUGGGGCUAAAGCUGUGCUUCUCUACCACCAUGUGCACUCUCGUCUGAACUCCCAGAGUCCCUCUGAGCACCAGCCCAGUCCCCACCUUCCUCGUGAUGCUCCUCUUUCUGACCUUGAGAAAGCCAACAAUCUCCACAAUGAAAGUCGCCUUGGACAGUCAUCUGACAGUGAUAACCCUGAGACCUGGACCCAGGUAGAGCCAGCAGAACAUAAGGCCAACAAUGGGUGGAUUAUGCCACAACAGUCUACCAAACUUGAGGAGCCUGCCCCUGACACCAUUCCCCCCAAAGAGAGUGGCGUUGCUUACUAUGUGGACCUGCAUGGACAUGCUUCCAAAAGGGGCUGCUUCAUGUACGGAAACAGCUUUAGUGAUGAGAGCACCCAGGUGGAAAACAUGCUAUAUCCAAAGCUCAUCUCCUUGAAUUCAGCCCACUUUGACUUCCAGGGCUGCAAUUUCUCAGAGAAGAACAUGUACGCCCGAGACCGUAGAGAUGGCCAAUCCAAAGAGGGAAGCGGUCGUGUUGCAAUCUACAAAGCCUCAGGGAUAAUCCACAGCUACACACUUGAAUGCAACUACAACACUGGACGCUCAGUAAACAGCAUCCCUGCUGCCUGCCAUGACAAUGGGCGUGCCAGCCCCCCUCCCCCGCCGGCUUUCCCUUCGAGAUACACUGUGGAACUAUUUGAGCAGGUGGGACGAGCUAUGGCCAUUGCAGCUCUGGACAUGGCGGAAUGUAAUCCGUGGCCCCGAAUUGUGCUGUCAGAACACAGCAGCCUCACGAACCUACGGGCCUGGAUGCUAAAGCAUGUGCGAAACAGCCGAGGCCUGAGCAGCACUGUGAACAUGGGCAUCAGCAAGAAGAGAGGCUCUCGAACUCCCCCCAAAAGUAACAGUGGAUUGCCCGUUUCCUGCUCUGAAAAUACCUUAAGCCGGGCACGAAGUUUUAGCACUGGCACAAGUGCUGGUGGUAGCAGCAGCAGCCAACAGAAUUCUCCACAGAUGAAGAACUCCCCCAGCUUUCCUUUUCAUGGCAGUCGGCCUGCAGGGCUGCCAGGCCUGGGCUCUAGCACCCAAAAGGUCAACCACCGGGUGCUGGGUCCUGUCAGAGAGCCCCGAAGCCAGGACAGGAGACGGCGGCAACAGCCACUGAACCAUCGCCCUACUGCAAGCAGCCUGGCCCCAUCCCCAACUCCUGCUAGUUCUGGCCCAGCCUCCUCACGCAGCCUGGGCUCCUGCAUACUGCCCAAUUCACUCAGUCUAUCAGGGAGCAGCUGCUCACUCUUAUCUUCAGGGGACAAGCCAGAGGCUGUCAUGGUGAUUGGGAAAGGUCUGCUAGGGGCUGGCGCUCGGAUCCCCUGCAUCAGGACUCGACUGCAGGCUAGGCCCAGGUUGGGCCGGGGCUCACCGCCGACUCGCAGAGGGAUAAGAGGCUCUUCAGGCCCCACAUCCCCUAUCUCCAGGACCAGAGAAAGCAGUGAGCCGGAGCCGGGACCCCGUUCUGCCAUACGAGGGAUGCCUCAGGCUGGCCCCCCACGGCCCCGCUCUGCCCCUGCCUUUUCUCCUAUUUCCUGUACUCUAUCUGACGCCCCAUCCCGGAUUUGUUACAGCGGGGGUCCCUUGGGCCAGCCUGAGGUUUGUUUUGUCCCUAAAUCUCCCCCACUCACCAUUUCUCCCCGGGUUUGAUAAUGCCUUUACCUCCAUGCCCAGGAUACAGUCCCAAAGUGGGGGAACACAGUGAGAAAUAUGAUAGUCCCCUCCCUGGGCUGCUGAUUCCAUGUUACAACAUAACUCUUUGGAAUGCCAGCCACACUGUCUGAGGCCUUGCAGAGCAUUACCUUGAGACAGGACAAUACAAGGACCUGCUACCCCUUCCCUCCCUCCACAGCACAAGAUUUUGGGACCACAAAAAAUAUAUAUAUUUUUGUAUUGGGGGGAGGGGAGGGAGUAGAAAAGCAGCCCCUAUACUGGGCCCUAUUCAGUGGCAGCUUCUUGUUCCAUAGGGUUAAGGAAGACUUUGAGGAAAUAAAAGUUGUUUGGAAAAAUCCAGGUGUAGUUGCUUUGUAUGUUGUGAUGGGUAGAAGGGAUGAAGUGAAGUGUGAAGGCCCCUCACACCCUCCAUCUUGCCUCAGCCUAUGUCCUGGAAC